GAAGAGGAGGAGGAGGAGGACACCCCCCCCUCCCAGUGCCAACUACCAAGAAAAUGCGGAACAAGCAGCUGCCCCAGCUCGGUCACUUCUUCAUCAAAACAAGAUGAAAAUUUUACAUUUGUUGCUUCUCUUGUGUCACGUGUCGUCAUCAGUAAAACACUCCCUGAAGUUUUUCUUCGCUGCAUCUUCUGGAGUCCCAAACUUCCCACAGCUUGUGGGUGCUGCAGUGGUUGAUGACCUUCUGGCGGGUUACUGCGACACCGAUAUAAAGGUCGUAGAAGCGAAACAGGACUGGGUGAAAACAGCAUUAGCAGACAAUCCACAGCAGCUGGAGUGGUACACUCUACAGUGUCUUUUGAUCCUGCCAAACGUCUCCAAAGCCGAAACUGACAGAUUGAAGCAGCGCUUCAACCAAAGUGGAGGUAUCCACAUUUUCCAGAGGCUGAGUGGCUGUGAGUGGGAUGAUGAGACUGGAGAGGUUAAUGGUUUUUGUCAGUAUGGUUAUGAUGGAGAAGACCUCCUAACGUUGGACCUGAAGACACUGACAUGGAUCGCUCCGAAACCACAGGCUGUCAUCACCAAACUGAGAUGGGAUGCUGACAAAGACAGACUAAAACGCCAUGAAAACUACUUAACUCAUGUUUGUCCUGAGUGGCUGAAGACUUAUGUGGCCUUUGGAAAUAGCUCUCUGCAGAGAAAAGACCUUCCCUCAGUGUCUCUCCUCCAGAAGUCUCCCUCCUCUCCAGUCAGCUGCCACGCUACAGGUUUCUACCCUGACAGAGCCAUGAUGUUCUGGAGGAAAGAUGGAGAGGAGAUUCAUGAGGGCGUGGAGCUCGGAGAGAUCCUCCCCAACCACGAUGGAUCCUUCCAGAUGACUGUUGACCUGAACCUUUCAUCAGUCCCACCUGAAGACUGGAGGAGGUACGACUGUGUGUUUCAUCUCUCUGGUGUGAAGGACCACAUCGUCACCAAACUGGACAAAGCAGUGAUCAGGACCAACAUGGAGAAGCCCAGUGACAUCACCGUCCCCAUCACUGCAGCAGUAGUUGUUAUUGUCCUCAUCGCUGCCUCUGGAUUCAUCGUUUACAAAAAGAGGAAAGCCAAACUUCCCUCAUCUCCUCCUGACAGCAGCUCUGAGCUCUCUGAGAAACUCAAUCCAGAAACCUGACUGACUGAUUAUAUUGUAAUAUUUUAUGGCUUCAGAACAAAUGAAGUACAGGUUUCUGUCAACAUGUAGAGACUGAAUGCAG